UAGAAACACACAAAUAGAUGCCAUCUUUUUGCUCUCAUUGAACUUCUUGUGCUGAAACCGAGCUGUUUUUUUUUUUUCACUCACCUACUCAAACCACACUAAGAACACCUUUUCUUUGCUGCGUCUUUCACACAUCUGCAACAUGUGCUUUCUGACAGCUGCCCUGCUGUUUUAUUUACUUGAUUCCAUUUCCUGUGUUCAGUUUGUGGCGCCGCUGAACAUGGGAGGAGUCACAGGGUACGUGCAGUUUGACUCCAUCGCCCAGACAGCCACUGUCAAUGUGUCUGGAGCUGGAUCCUGUGGUCCACUUAACUUUUCCCUCAGCGAGUUCCCAGUCAUGUAUGGCCAUUUUGCUCAACCUUGCUCAAGAGCAAAUAUCGGCUCCAGCGUUUUUAACUUCACAGCUGAUCCAAACUCCAAUAUCAAUGUGUCAGGUCUCUUUGAUCAAAGACCAAACCUAGACGACUUCUCGCUGACUUUGCAGACAUGUAACAGCACUAAAGUUUGCACAGUUGUAAGUCAGGGACAAACUCGCUUAACUCGUCAGGCCAGGUUCACAGGACCAAUCGCUGGUAAUAUUUAUAUCCGCCUCAACACAGGAGAGACGAACCCAAGGCUUCUUGUAGACCUUGUUACAAUCGGUCAGGUUAAUGCCUCACAAACCAAUAUCACUCUCUUUGGAUCUACGAGCAUGGCCGCAAACUGUAAUGUUUUACUAGGAAGCUUAAACACCUCCGCUUUGACCUCUUUGGGUGUGGUGAAGGUCGGAACCCCUUUGCAAUCUGAGAAGACACGUCUAGACCAGUUCAGUUUCAACAUCAGCACUACUCGCUUUCUGUUCUACCGCAUAGAGUCAGGUCACAAGUGUGCUCAGAUCUAUAAUGUGUCAGAGAAACGGGUGACUGCUGCUGUGAAUAUGAGAGGGAUCAAAGGAUACUUCAGCUUCCGUCAAGCUUCCCCAUUUGAUACGACAGAGUUGAGGGUGAACCUCACUAACUUACAGAACAAAGUUGGCACCUACCAUGUCCACCAAUUUCCUGUCCCUUCAGUCAGGUCUCCUCAAUCAAGCCAGUGCUCGAAUGCUAGUGUGGGUGGCCACUUGAACCCAUUCCAAGUUAACACUGCUGACCCAUCAUACCCGAGGGUUACUGGGUCAACACAUGACAGGUAUGAGAUUGGUGACCUAAGCGCCAAGCAUAUGUCCCUUGCCAAUAGAAACGAGGUGGAUGAGGUGUUCACAGACUUCAACCUCCCUCUGUUUGGACAGAACAGUAUCGUAGGUCGCUCAGUUGUGAUUCACCAAACAAACGGCGACAGGUAUGCUUGCGCCAGCAUCAGCUAUCCUGGUGAAGUGAUCGUUGCCAGAGCUAGGUUUCAGAGCCCUGUGAUUGGUGAGAUCUGGUUCACCCAGUUGAAGAACAAUCCUCUGUCUGACGUAUCCAUCUUCACGGAUCUGUUGUAUGGAAAUUCCACAAUGACAGCAACCAGAAACCACAACUGGCAUGUUCACACCUAUCCCAUUAGCUCAGAGAGGGAUGAUGAUGAAAGGCGCUGCAGCACAACAGGUGGACACUGGAACCCCUUUAACAUAAGCACAGGAGACAGCAGCUAUGCCCUCCACUGUGCCCCAUCCAGAUCCUUAUCCUGUGAGGUGGGAGACAUGUCUGGCAAACACAGUACCAUCAACCUUGGCACCAAAGUGGGUGGAGUGGAAGCAAAAAACUUCUUCACUGAUGUCACUUCCUGGUUGCCUGGGUCAGGCAUUAUUGGUCGUUCCGUGGUCAUCCAUCAAGCAGAAAGAGGAGGGCCAAGAAUCGCUUGUGCCAAUGUUACAAUGGUGCGGGUCCUCAAAGCUAGCUUAGGUAGCUGGUUUGGCCCUGGGAUGUCCAACGGCCAAGUGCUGUUCUCCCAGGCUGUCCCACAAGGCCCCACAACUAUAAAUGUAUCCCUGAUGAACCUGAACACCAUAGCUGGGGGUUACCAUGUUCAUAUACUGCCCAUCAAACCUGGCAGCGAAGAGCCUUGCUCCAAUGCAAACAUCAUGGGCCACUUCAACCCAUUAGCCUGGAACGUAUCAAACUCUCCAUCACCAGGUAAUGGCACUGUGGACCAGUAUGAGAUCGGAGACCUCAGUGGGAAGUUUGGGAUGCUGAAUGACCUAAACCAGCUUGAGGCUCUUUACAUGGACCCUAACAUGCCAUUAACUGGACCCUACAGCAUCGUGGGAAGGUCAGUGGUGGUUCACCACGCCAACACAUCGAGACUGAGGUGUGCUAACAUCUUGGCUGACAGAGAUACAGAUGGACAAUUCAUUAUUGCCAAGGCUGUUUUCAACGGUACAGUGACAGGGACAGUCCGACUGCGCCAGCAGAUGUUUCCUGAUGGGAGUACCAGUGAUAUCACACUGGACGUGUCCCUUCAAUCAGUAGCAAGAGAAAAUCCGACUGAGGUGUCCUUGUUCAUCACCAGCAACCGCAUGGGCGCUGACAGCCAGUGCAAGAAUGUGGGAGGCACGUACAAUCCCUUCAACAUGACAUCAUCGAACAGCUGUUCAUUACAAUAUCCUCUGAGCUGUGUGGUGGGGGAGAUAUCCACAAGGCAAGGCCCUUUCAGGCUGACAGAGGGUCAGCUCUACACUGACAGAAUCAUCCAGCUCUCUGGAGACAACACAGUGGUCCACAGGUCUCUGGUGCUGAAGAACGGAAGCAGAAUCAUCGCAUGUGCUGACAUCCUCCCAGAAUCCCCUUCAGCAGAGCAGACCUUUCUCAGAGUGACUAACUUCAGCAGAUAUGACUUCCGUAGGAGGGUUGCAAAUGUCCUGCAGUUGGAAAUGGCAAGAGUCACCAUCCUCCCCAGCUCUCCCCUCUCUGCAGCAGGUGGAAGGUGCCAGCAAGUCAACUUCAUGGUGUCUGGGAGUGUCAGCACAGAACUUCUGAGGUCUGUCAAAACCAGUGAGCUGAUGGGCAUGUUCAGAGAGUCUGAUUCAUGUACAGAUGUGACGCCUUCACCAAGUGCAGUUUCGCCACUGGUGCCAGGAAGUUUUCUUCUUGGCUUGAUGUUCGCUGCCGCCUGCCUGCUGCCUUCUACAGCUUAUUUAUAGCUCAGAGGUUCAGCCGUGCCAUGCAUCAUCAGAAGGGAUACAUGGAGCCUCCCGUUGUAAAAUUGUGAAUAUGUUUAUGAAAUCAAGCGCACCAUGUGGUACAAUGGUCAUCUGAUAAAUUAGCAAACAAAUAAUGACUGUAUAGCUUCAUUUUUUUCCCACAACAAAUAUUGCUCAUGUUUUAUUCAUUUGGACUGUUAAAAGGGUGAGGGGGGUUAAUGUGUUACAUUUUUCAGAUUCCCAGACUUUUAAUAUUCAUGUAUGCACUAUCUAUGAAUCAAUGUCAAAUUUUGUGUAAAUAUAUGGAAAAUUGUGAA